GCAAGCGCAUACUGACUAACUUUAAUACCGGAAAACACAGUGGGAGGAAAUAACGCAGCUGGCGCAGAUCGGUUGAAAUACUAGUUUUCUUUUCUUUCUUUCUUUCUUUUUUUGAUCAAAACAAGAUGAAAACGUUGUUUUUGUUGCUUCUCUUCUGUCACGUUUCAUCAUCAGUGAAACACUCCCUGAAGUAUUUUGUAAGUGGAUCUUCUGGAGUCCCAAACUUCCCAGAGUUUGUGGGAGCUGCAGUGGUUGAUGGACAUCUGGUGGGUUACUGCGACAGCAACAGGAAGAUACUGGAACCAAAACAGGAGUGGGUGAAAACAUUAUUAGAAAACGAACCUCAACACUUGGAGAUAUGCAAUGCAGCGUGUUUUGAGAUUUUGCCAAACUUCUUCAAAGCCAGGAUGGACCGUUUUAAGCAGCGCUUCAACCAAAGUGGAGGUGCCCAUGUUUUACAGAGGAUGAAUGGCUGUGAGUGGGAUGAUGAGACUGGAGAGAUUCAAGGUUUUAAUCAGUACGGUUAUGAUGGAGAAGACUUCAUGUCAUUUGAUCUGAAGACGCUGACGUGGAUCGCUCCGAAACCACAGGCCGUCAGCACCAAACUGAUGUGGGAUGCUGAGAAAGCUAGAAUAGAAUCUCAUGAGAAGUAUCUCACUGAGAUUUUCCCUGAGUGGCUGAAGAUGUAUUUGGCCUAUGGGAAGAGCUCUCUGCUGAGAACAGAGCUCCCCUCAGUGUCUCUCCUUCAGAAGACUCCCUCCUCUCCAGUCAGCUGCCACGCUUCAGGUUUCUACCCUGACAGAGCCUCACUCAUCUGGAGGAAAGAUGGAGAGGAGCUUCACGAGGGCGUGGACCUCGGAGAGAUCCUCCCCAACCACGAUGGGACCUUCCAGAUGAGCGCUGACCUGAAACCUUCAGCGUCUGAAGACUGGGGGAAGUACGAAUGUGUGUUUCAUCUCUCUGGUGUGAAGGACGUCGUCACCAGACUGGACAAAGCAGCGAUCAGGACCAACUGGGAGAAGCCCGGUGACGUCCUCAUCACUGCUGCAGCGGUUGUUCUUUCUCUCAUCCUCAUCAUCACUGUUGUUGGAUUCAUCGUCUACAAAAUGAAGAAAGUCAAACCACGUCCAUCUCCUGCUGCAGACAGCUCGGAGCUCUCUGAGAGCCUGAAUCCAGAGACCUGAAUGACAAACACACUGGAGGAGUCACCUCAUGUGUAUCAUUUGUCAGUAUUAAAUGUGUUUGUUUUCUUUCACAUUUCAAGUUUAUUGUUGAUGUUUGAAAUCAUUUUUAAAAAGUAUGUGUUAUUUUUCCAUGAAUCUUUAUUAGUGGCACGAGGCAAUGCACGAGCCACUAUUGUAAUCUCUUGCGUUUUUUCUUCCCAUUUUUCAUAUUCCGCCAGAAUUUCGGCACAUAACUAGUCCCGCAGCUUUGAGAAAACCCUCGC